AUGACGAUCAACUACAAGAACACAGUGUUUCCAAAUGAUGUGGUUCUCUGUCAAUUGAUGGAAAUGGCGUUUGCUAGCAAGCGCGAUGCCAUAGUGGACGUUCCUCGCGGUAUUACGGCUAGCUAUGCCCAACUUUUGACAGACGUGCUCAAAACACGUGAGAGAAUAUGGGCCGAAGCGCCCAGAUCUAUGUUCGAUGAUAAAGGCAUCAUCACGCUUGAUUCGCCAUUCAUUUUCAUUCUUAGCUCCGCAAGCUACCUUGUGCCCGUUGCAGCCUUUGCGGUCCUGUCCGUAGGAGCUGCGAUAUGUCCGAUGUCACCAAAUACAAAAGAAGCGGAAGCUCUGCGCUCGCUGCAGAAGGCAAAUUCAUCAAUCGUUGUCGCCGACUCCAUGCAUAUGAAGCAUGCCUUAGGCAUUCAAGAGUACGCCGCUUCGCAAGGAAGAAACAUCACUAUCAUUCCAAUUUCCUGCCAAAGCCCUAGCCCACCGACAGUAUCCGAUCUGAACAUUCUCAUUGAUCCAGAUUGGCAGCUAGACCCUGACCGACCAGGGGUAUUAAUGAUGACUUCAGGGACAACAGGACCUAGCAAAGGAGUCAUACACGCCCGAAAACUCUUCGCUCUCGCACACCCGAAGCUGACUAGUGAAGAUGUAUACCUGUGUCAUCGCUCUGCAGCCUGGAUGGGCGGUUUGUUGCCAUUAGUCACCGGCUUAUGCCGCGGAACACAAUUGGAAAUUGUGGAGCGUGAUCCAUGCCAGAUCUGGGAGCGACUACGGCACGGGAGACUCACUGUUCUUCGAUCAGCUCCAGUAGUGUGGUUGAACCUGAUGGAAUAUUACCAAGAGGUAAUCUGCAAGCUAGCCCCAGAAGUUAUAGAGGAAUACACACGUGGCGUGCGAAACCUCCGUUCAGCCAGUACCGGUUCGGGGUAUCUACUACCUCAUGUCCGGCGAUUUUGGAUGGAUGAAAUGGGUCUACCGAUGCUUAUGGUAUAUGCUGGAACGGAGAUGGGAGGGCCGGUGACCGUCAGAAAGUCCUUAAUCUACCCAGAUGAUGAGCAGCGUCGCAUUGGGGAAGCGAUCAAGAAUGUUACAGUCAAACUUUCUCAGGGGAAUCAGGGAGAAAUCCUGGUCAAAAGCCCAUCCAUGUUCUUGAGAUACCUUGAUAAUCCGGAAGCAACAAAGGCUGCCUUUGAUGAGAAUGGCUUCUACAAGACAGGCGACCUAGCCCGUUGGGAGAAUGAUGAAUAUAUAUUGAUGGGUCGUACCUCCGAAUUUGUGCGAUACAACGGGCAUAAAGUCCCAAUGCACGACGUCGAGGCCUAUAUUUGGAAGCUUCCUUACAUUUCUGAAGUAUGUGCGCUUGCUGUUCCCGUAAGCAACAGUGCCUUCACUUCAGAGAGAGUCGGGGUUCUUGUCCGCCUUAAGGCUCUGGAUGGACAAGUACACGGGCACUGCUGUGAGCACAAAUUUACGCUAGAGAAGCUGAGAGAAGAUCUAUCAACCGAGCUGCCGUUCCCUAUGCUUCCAACAGCUAUGCAUGUUCUCCAAGAAGGUGAAGAAAUCCCGAAGACAAUCUCGGACAAGGUCAUCAGAAAGGAGGCAGUGAGAAAGUUUUUCCCAGGUGCAGAAUGCAGCCCUCAAGCAAAGAUCUGGGAUGCAGAAGUCUGUCUUUCUUAA